AAAAAACAAUGAGUCUCGUACAAACAGCCAACGGGUUAAGUAUAAGUUUAACUGUAAUUUAUCAAUAACAAUAAUUAAUAGUAAAUAUGAGGGCUGUUUCAAGUUUUUUACAUUACCUAUUAUUUAUCAGUGCAGUGGCAAUGAAUUUCGUGGGCACAGGAGGUAGACGACCUCAUGAUCAUUACGCUAAACCACAAGUGUGUAAGCAAUUUUGUAGUGAAAACAAAAUAGUCCAGAAAAGGGAAAAUUAUACACCGAAAAGUAGGAUCGUUGACGUGAUGCUGCAAACUCCCAUGUUCGCGUUCAACCGCAGUGACUCUGACGGAUUUUCGGCAUUCAGAGACCAAUACGACCUGCCUAAAGGGUUUAAGGGACCAUUAACAGAAUACGACUUCAUCGUAGUCGGAGCGGGGUCCGCGGGAAGCGUGCUCGCUGCGCGGCUCAGUGAGGGCGGUAAAGCGUCCGUACUGCUACUAGAAGCGGGAUUGGGAGAGUCCAUGCUGACGUCAGUACCCACGCUAGCGCCUCUGUUCCAGAUGACUAGCAGCGUGUGGCCUUACUUGAUGGAACACCAACCAAACGUUUGCAUGGGUAUGGAGAAUGAACGAUGUUUUUGGCCUAGAGGCAGAGCUGUGGGCGGUACAAGCGUUGUGAACUACAUGAUUUAUACACGAGGAAUGAAGGAAGACUGGGAUAGAAUAGCGGCUAAAGGAAAUUAUGGAUGGUCAUACGAAGACGUCCUUAAAUACUACAUGAAAUCAGAACGAGCUCAUCUUCGAGAAUUCAAGAAUUCACCGUGGCAUAGUAAAGACGGCGAACUUACCGUCGAAGAUAUUCCGUUUAGAUCGAAACUAUCAAAAGCAUUUUUAGAUGCGGGCAAACUAUUAGGUAACCGGCGUGUUGACUACAACAGUCCAGACGGUUUCGGCUUUUCUUACAUCCAAGCUACAAUGAGCCGAGGAAUACGAAUGAGCAGCGCCAAAGCGUUUUUACAUAACAAUAAGAAGCGUAAAAAUCUACACAUAUUACCUAACAGCCGAGUCACUAAAAUACUGAUUGAUCCAGCCACAAAGACUGCUACCGGAGUACAAUUUCGAACGAAUGGUCAGAUAUAUGAAAUACGGGCAAAGAAAGAAGUUAUUCUUUCGGCUGGCCCUAUAGAAUCUCCGCAUUUACUCAUGUUAUCUGGAAUAGGACCCAGAAAAGAUUUAGAAUCUUUCGGAAUUGAGGUAGUACAAGAUCUGCCAGUAGGAGAAACCCUCUACGAUCAUAUAUCGUAUACAGGUCUGGCGUUCGUUAUGAAUACAACUCGAUUAACUUUAUUGGAAUCGAAUGUUGCGUCUUUAGGGAACGUUUUGCAAUAUACACAAUUCGGUGACGGCCCACUGUCGUCCUUAGCUGGUGUUGAAACUUUGGGAUACAUAAAAACAAACAUAUCGGAAGAAAUUGGCGAUUUCCCAGACAUAGAGCUCAUAGGGACCUGUGCAUCUUUGGCGUCUGACGAUGGAAAAGUUGUCGCGAAAGGAGUCCGACUGGCCGAUUGGCUAUAUAAUGACGUUUACAAGCCACUCGAAGGUAUCGACAGCUUUACAAUACUUUUAAUGUUACUGCACCCAAAGUCAAAAGGUUACAUGAAACUUAGAUCGAUAAAUCCUUUCGAUCAGCCAAAACUUUAUGGAAACUACCUGACACAUCAGAAGGAUGUUUCUACAAUGAUCGCCGGGAUACGGUAUAUUUUACAAAUGAUCGACACACCACCCUUUCAGAAGUUUGGAACUAAAUUGCACAAGAAAAAGUUUCCAAACUGUAAAAUGUUUGAGUUCGGAAGCGACGGUUACUGGGAAUGCGCUAUUAGAACGAUCACGGCAACGUUACACCACCAGAUAUCUACGUGCAAAAUGGGACCACCGUCGGACCCCUCUGCAGUUGUGGACCCCGAAUUGCGCGUGUAUGGUAUAAGAAAUCUGCGCGUCGCUGACACAAGCAUUAUACCAAACACAAUAGCGGCUCACACAAAUGCGCCGGGCAUCAUGAUAGGGGAAAAAGGGGCGGAUAUGGUGAAACAAACAUGGGGUCUGUAAUCGUAAAUACUUUUGGAGUUACAAAUCUCACGAGUGAUACUUUAAAAAUUUCGUGUUUGAUAUUGAAAACUUGAAAUUGUCAUUCUAUUACAUAGGUAUGUGUUAGUAUGUAAUUUAUUAAAAUUUUUAAAUAACCGAUAA